GAGAGCGAUCUGCUUGCUGGCUGGCAGUGCGUUCUCGGUCUCGACUCUUGCGCGACGUUUAAAAAAAAACGCGUUCCAUUUUCGAACCGCUGUCAAAUCGCGCGCCGUUUUUCGUAAUUAUUUUUCACAUAACCAUCUGUAGGCCAUCUUGGUUUUACUAAGAGUGAUUUUGUAAUUUUAUUUGAUUUUUCGUGGUAAUUUAAUACAAUUUUUUGUGCAAGUGUUGUUGUACGAAAGUAAAAGGAGGUGAAACGUUUGUUGCUUUUUCGAUAUAAGAUGUCAUCAGUGUAAAGAAGAUCAGCACACAAUAAUCCAAGAUGGCGGUCUGUUCCGCCGCUGUCAUCAUCGAGAAAGCCAACAAGUACUAUGGCAGACCCGACAAGGCGGACUUCAAGCCGGUGCUCAAAGAUAUGGACAUGGUCGUCGAUAGGGGUAUCAUAUACGGUCUUCUCGGCCCUUCAGGAUGUGGCAAGACCACGUUACUGUCCUGUAUAGUUGGUAGAAGGAAACUGGACAGUGGCAAUGUCUGGGUCCUCGGUGGCAGACCUGGAGAGAAAGGCAGUGGAGUACCCGGUCCUAGGGUCGGGUAUAUGCCUCAGGACAUAGCUCUAGUCGGAGAAUUCACAGUACGCGACGCUAUAUACUACUUCGGUAGAAUCUACGGCAUGCACAUGGAGAAGAUGGUGGAACGCUUUGAGUUCCUCAGCAAUCUUCUCGACCUGCCCAGUGGAGGCCGGCUGAUCAAGACCCUGUCUGGAGGCCAGCAGAGAAGGGUCUCUUUAGCAGCUGCUCUCGUACAUGAGCCUGAACUCCUCAUAUUGGAUGAGCCUACAGUUGGGUUGGAUCCUGUUUUGAGAGAACGGAUAUGGGACUUCUUAGCGGAGCAAGCUCGCCGAGGGACCACAGUCAUCAUCACAACACAUUACAUAGACGAAACAAAACAAGCACACAAGAUUGGUCUACUCCGAGACGGUCAGCUCUUAGCCGAGGACUCACCAGAGGAUCUGCUAAGGAAGUGUGACUGUGACACCUUGGAGGAGGCAUUCUUGAAGCUCGCGAUGAGACAGCACGAAAUGCCGAGAAGGCGGUCUACGCUCACGGCAUCGCCCGACGUGAUCCCCGAGAGCGGGAUGUGCAACGGCGUGGACAGCCGCUACCACUCGCGAGACGACUUCCCCACCAUCACCAGUAGUACUGACGUAUUAACAAAGAAAGAAAAAAGACCAAAGGAUAGCAAGAGAUUAACGAAGUCAAGGUAUAAAGCCGUCUUCAUCAAGAGUAUACAACAGUUCUCAAGGCAUCCAGGCGGCUUAAUCUUCUCCAUCCUAUUCCCCAUCAUCCAAGUGGUAGCGUUCUUCGCUGCCGUAGGACACGACCCCAGAGACCUUCACAUCGGUGUGGUCAACGACGAAGCGGCUUUCUCACCACUUGGACUAGAUAUCUGCAGAAAUACAAGUCUAAAAACGGUGACAGUGUUGGAAGACGAAACUUGUGACCUCUACAUGAUGAGCUGUUGGUUCUUAGAAGAAAUGGAACAGAAGAAACUAUUCCCGACAACAUUCAACACAACAGAAGAAGCGCGGUUAGCGGUAUCAACAGGGAAACUGUACGGCGCGUUACACUUCUCUCAGAACUUCAGUAGUGCUCUCGGCAAGCGAGUAUCGGAAGGAGAGGUGGACGACGAUAUUGUUGAUGAUAGCAGCAUCAGUGUGUGGCUUGACAUGACCAAUCAUCAGAUUUCCAACUUCAUGAAAAGUCAACUGCACAAAGCGUAUGAAAGUUUCACGAGGAGAGCAAUGAAGGCUUGUGGAAGACCAGAAAACUUAGUACAGAUUCCAGUGCACUUCCAAAAGCCGGUGUACGGUAAGAGUGAACCGCAAGUCGUCAGCUUCAUGGCGCCCGGGAUACUUAUCACUAUAAUAUUCUUCCUAUCGGCCAUCGUGACCUCGACGCUGAUGAUCUCGGACCGGCUGGAGGGAGUGUGGGAACGCAGCGCGGUGGCGGGCGUCAAGCCUAAGGAGAUGCUCAACGUUCAUAUCACGCUGCAGAGUACUAUUAUAUUUGUGCAGACAAUAGAAAUGAUGGCCCUCGCAUUCAUCGGCUACGGCAUCCCGUCAGUGGGCUCCAAGCUGAUCUGCGGCCUCCUACUGUUCCUACAAGGGAUCUGUGGCAUGUGCUACGGCUUCCUACUGUCUGUCUACUGUCCCAGCCAUACUAUGUCCUUCUUCGUCGCUACUGGCAGUUUUUACCCUAUGAUUCUGUUGUGUGGUAUCCUAUGGCCUCUAGAAGGUAUGUCCUACACACUUCGUAUCAUAGCCCUAACGCUCCCCUUCACGAUUCCCUCCAAAUCUCUCAGAGACAUCAUGGAGAAAGGAGCCUCUUUCGCCGACCUGUCAGUAAUCUAUGGUUUCCUAACGACCAUAGCGUGGAUUGCCAUAACUUUGGCUUUAAUAUACUUGAGGUUACGGUUCAAAAAGACGUAGUUUAAUUUCGGAGUUUAAAACAUACGAAAUGAGAACCGAUUUUUUUGGAAAGUCGGUUUGAAAAUUGUAAAAUUGUAACUGUCAAAAUUUGUUUUGGUUACCUACAUGAAGUAAUGGUAAGUGAAUUUUAUGAGCUGGGACUUAAAAAAAUUAUUGUGCUGUGUGAGCAAUUACAACAGGUCGAAGUAAAUAUAUAAUGCUUUUGUAAUUACAUUGAAGUAAAUACUUAUUUAUUAUAAAAGCAUUAACAUUAAUUAACAUACAAAAAAUGUAAUGUGGUAAUCUUUAAUUACAUACUUUACCUUUGAAAGCUAAUACAGCUUAAGCUAUGUACCCUAAUGGGUUAUUAAUAGUUUUAACCCCUAUCUAAAGGGUAAAUAUGUUACCGAAACAGUUAGUAAGCACUGUUAUUCUUGAAAAAUGUACGAAAUACGUGUAAAACAAGGCCCUAAUAUUAAGGUCGAUUCACACAUCCUCUGUACUCGUACAGUAAUGUUGCUGAAACUAGUACGAACUGGUUCAGUCGAAACAAACAUACAAACCAAUAAUUUAUUAU